GUGACUUGUUUCCCGGUCACUGCGGCAAGAUGGAAUGUGACUCCAGUUGACAACGUGACCUCCUAUCAAUCGGCUCAACAUUUGGAUCUUGCGCUUUCUCUUAUUGUCAUAAAUAAAACCUGGCGUGGAACCAGGCUGGUGUGCGACGUUGGAAGAGAUGUAAGGUUGUCUUCGUAUCAUUAAUGAUUAUUAAAAGGAUGUGUGGUUCAUCUCUGUAGACGGGAGAAGAGCAUCCAAUCAUUGCCAUUAGAAAUGAUGGGACUAUUCUCCCGACGGGUAUCUGUUGAAUUAUGGAGGCUAUGGAGUGUUUCUGGGUCUCGACAUUUUUCCAUUGGGACCUUUCCCACUGGACAAUUCUGCUCUUCCCGCAGCUUCAGCUCUGGGCGUUUCCUAAGGACAGAUGCAUCCCAGCCGGACCAGGGGGACAAAAUAGAUUUGGACUUGUGGAAGUCUGUGAUGAGGUCCCAGACAGCAGUGGAUGAAAGCAUUGAGGACGAUAAAGAGCAGGUGAAGAAAGGGGACUCGACAGAUUCUCCAAGUGGCUGCGUGCUGGCGGCGACUCGGGAGCUGGUCUCCAUGUGGCGCCAGGCUGGUAAGCUGGUUCCAGACAAGAUAACGGAUCAGGAUGUCAAGACGCUAGCAGAACUCACAACCAAGUCUUCCAAGAAGAAGUACCUAAAAUUCCUAGCCAUCCGGGAGGGCCACAAGAAUAAAAGCAAGGAGAAGCAAGAGAAGAAGAGGGCCGAGAGGGAGCAGAGAUUGGCCGAGUUCCCCGAGACCUUAGAAAACCGACCGCCCGUCAAGAACUCGUUCUUGAUGCAGUACCGCGAUCACUGGCUCGACCGUCUGCUGGGCUGGCGCGGCGCCCAGGCCAUGAACUUUGGUCAGCCGCUAGUAUUCGACAUGAGCUACGAGGCGCACAUGACCCCGCAGGAGUUGACGAACUCUGUGUCCCAGAUGUUGGAGGUGGAAAGUUGCAACCGGCGGUCCCUGGACCCCUUCCACCUCCACCUCUGUAACCUGCAGCCUGAAGGGGGCUACCGGCAGCAGCUGGUCAAACGCUACGGCGAGGACGCCUGGGACCGCCUCCUCAUCACAGAAACACCACAGCGCCAUGUGGACGUGUUUCCUCAGGAACAGCUCGUCUACCUCACAGCUGACUCCCCCAACGUCCUACGGACCUUCGACCCGUCCAAGGUGUAUGUGGUUGGUGCGAUGGUGGACCGCUCAAUCCAAACGGGACGGUCCUUUGCCACCGCUAAGCGGCUGCAGAUGGCAACAGCGCGCCUCCCACUGGACCAGUUCCUCCGCUGGGAGAUCGGGGCCAAGACCCUGACGCUGGACCAGAUGAUCCGCAUCCUGCUGAGCAUCAAGGACACCGGCAGCUGGGAGCAGGCACUCGCCUUCGUCCCCAAGAGGAAACACGACGGGUUCUACCAGGAAAAAAAGCAGAGUGAACGGGGCGGAACCGCAGCCAGGGACCGUGGAGACAGAUACCCCCAGAGGGACCAGAGAGAGCGUCAGGGUUCGGCUCGUGAGCCUUGGGGUGCUGGGAGAGGUGGUCAGGACCGGGGGGUAAGUGGCAAGGGGGUGGGGAUGGCCUGGGAGAGAGAGUAUAAACAGCCUGUUACCAGGAUACGAUCAUCCCAGAACAGCACGAGGACCGACAAGACACAGACACCGUGGUAUCAGCAGGACUAAAGACCUCUAGAGUUGGUCUUAGACCUGGACAUUAUUGUUCCCAGUCUGUUCUACUGUCCCUCACUCUGUUCUAGAACGUAUGUUCUAUACUGAACUGAGGAUGGACAAGGUCUUCUAGUUCCGAGCUUGUUGUGAUCAGAAUCCAUUUUGAAUAAAACAAUCUAUGCACUGCUGGGUGGAAUUAUAAAUCCAUCGUAGGAACAUGUUAUAAAUGAAGCGCUAUUUGAAUAUGAAUGUAAAAGACAAGAUAGUUUGCAAAUGGUGUAGUAUAUCAAAGUAAAUAGAGGAUAUAAAAGUAUAUAAACCUUGUUUAUUGUGGUUUGAGACACAAAUCAGAUACUAAUCAUUGAGUAGAACAUUAGCAGAUCAAAGUAUACAAUACUGUUGGUGCAGGAUCACUCAAAUUAAGUUCCAAUAAAUUACCUGAAGACAAAUCUCAAUAUGCAUCAUACAACACCUGGCCUCAACCAAUAUACACACAACUUUGAAAUACGUUUGAAAUGCAAAUAAAACCGUCAUAAAUAAAAAAUACUGCAUAAACACACAAGCGACAGUGCCAUGGUCGUCUGGAAGACUGUUUGAGAUCCAAGUUGAGCUACAGGAUCUCCGUCCUGACCUCCAAGAGAAGAAAAAGCGAACUAAAGAAAUGCACACGCUCAUUAUUA